CUGUUGCUAGCUCUGCGCGUACUUUCAAAGAGUAACAGCAAUUGUUCAUUUCAUCCAUCCAGAGAGACGCCAGAGAAGCUGUGCUCUUCUGACCCGAACAAAAGCUCUGCUUCGUUGGGCGCGCUGGGGCGCACGGUGUCACCCGAGGCUCCGGUGCAGCGAGCAGUCCCUGUUGGGAACCGAAGGCACACUCCGGACGGCGACAUGGGAAACGCGGAGCGGCCCCCUCGGUCUCGGCGCCCCCAGGCUGCACCGUGGUUGCUGCUACUUCUCGCGGCGACCCCAGUACUGCUGGUCGUGCCGGGCGCGCUCGGGCGCCCCGCGGAGGAGGACGAGGAGCUCGUGCUGCCGGCUUUGGAGCGCGCCCCAGGACACCAGACCACGCGCCUCCGCCUGGACGCCUUUGGCCUGCAGUUGCACCUGGAACUGCAGCCCGACCGCGGUUUCUUGGCGCCUGGCUUCACACUGCAGACUGUGGGGCGCAAACCUGAGGCCGAGGAGCAGCGUCUGGACCCUGCCGGCGACCUGGCGCACUGCUUCUACUCCGGCACGGUGAACGGUGACCCCAGCUCAGCCGCCGCUCUCAGCCUCUGCGAGGGCGUCCGUGGCGCCUUCUACCUGCAGGGUGAAGAAUUCUUCAUCCAGCCCGCGCCUGCCGCUGCUACCGAGCGCCUCGCCCCCGCUGCCGCCAAGGAGGAGCCUCUGGCGCUGCCUCAGUUCCAUCUCCUGCGGCGAAGGCGGCGGGGCGGCGGCGGCCCCAAGUGCGGAGUCCUGGACGCCGAGACCCUGCCCGAGAGGGGCGCGGAACCAGAAGGGGAGGACGCAGGGCCGCAGAGGCCACCGCGGGACCCGGCGCCCCCCCUGGCCGGGCAGCCAGCAGGAACUGGAAGUGUAAGAAAGAAGCGGUUUGUGUCCAGCCCUCGCUAUGUGGAAACCAUGCUUGUGGCUGACCAGUCAAUGGCAGAGUUCCAUGGCAGUGGUCUAAAGCAUUACCUUCUCACCUUAUUCUCGGUGGCAGCAAGGCUGUACAAACACCCCAGCAUUAGGAAUUCAGUUAGCCUGGUGGUAGUGAAGAUUUUGGUCAUUUAUGAGGAACAGAAGGGGCCAGAGGUGACCUCCAAUGCUGCCUUCACUCUGCGGAACUUCUGCAAUUGGCAAAAGCAGCACAACCCACCCAGUGACCGGGAUGCAGAACAUUAUGACACGGCGAUUCUUUUCACCAGACAGGACCUGUGUGGGUCCCAGACAUGUGAUACUCUUGGGAUGGCAGAUGUUGGAACUGUGUGUGAUCCUAGCAGAAGCUGCUCUGUCAUAGAAGAUGAUGGUUUACAAGCUGCCUUCACCGCAGCCCAUGAAUUAGGCCAUGUGUUUAACAUGCCGCAUGACGAUGCAAAGCAGUGUGCCAGUCUGAAUGUCGUGAACCGGGAUUCCCACAUGAUGGCCUCAAUGCUUUCCAAUUUGGACCGCAGCCAGCCUUGGUCUCCCUGCAGUGCCUACACGAUCACGUCAUUUCUGGAUAAUGGUCACGGGGAAUGUUUGAUGGACAAACCACAGAAUUCCAUACAGCUGCCAUCUGAUCUCCCUGGGACCCUAUAUGAUGCCAACCGGCAGUGCCAGUUCACAUUUGGAGAAGAGUCCAAGCACUGUCCCGAUGCAGCCAGUACGUGUGCCACUCUGUGGUGCACUGGUAAUUCUGGCAGCCUGCUGGUGUGUCAAACCAAACACUUUCCAUGGGCUGACGGCACCAGCUGUGGAGAAGGAAAGUGGUGUGUCAACAGCAAGUGUGUGAACAAGACUGACAGGAAACAUUUUGAUACUCCUGUUCAUGGAAGCUGGGGACCAUGGGGACCCUGGGGAGACUGUUCCAGAACCUGCGGUGGAGGAGUUCAGUAUACAAUGAGGGAAUGUGACAACCCAGUCCCAAAGAAUGGGGGGAAGUACUGUGAAGGCAAACGAGUGCGCUACAGAUCCUGCAACAUUGAGGACUGUCCAGAUAAUAACGGAAAAACCUUUAGAGAAGAGCAAUGUGAGGAACACAAUGAAUUUUCAAAAGCUUCCUUUGGGAGUGGCCCUGCAGUGGAGUGGACACCAAAGUAUGCUGGUGUCUCACCAAAGGACAGAUGCAAGCUCAUCUGUCAGGCCAAAGGCAUUGGCUACUUCUUUGUUUUACAGCCUAAGGUUGUAGAUGGUACCCCAUGUAGUCCAGACUCCACUUCUGUCUGUGUUCAAGGACAGUGUGUAAAGGCUGGUUGUGAUCGAAUCAUAGAUUCCAAAAAGAAGUUUGAUAAAUGUGGUAUUUGUGGAGGAAAUGGAUCUACUUGCAAGAAAAUAUCAGGAUCAGUUACUAGCGCAAAACCUGGGUAUCAUGAUAUUGUUACAAUUCCCACGGGAGCCACAAACAUCGAAGUGAAACAGCGGAAUCCAAGGGGGUCUAGAAACAAUGGCAGCUUCCUGGCCAUCAAAGCUGCAGAUGGUACCUAUAUCCUGAAUGGCGACUUCACUUUGUCCACUUUAGAACAAGACAUUACUUAUAAAGGUGUUGUGUUAAGGUACAGCGGCUCUUCCGCAGCAUUGGAAAGAAUUCGCAGCUUUAGCCCCCUUCAAGAGCCCUUAACCAUCCAGGUGCUUACUGUAGGCAAUGCCCUCCGGCCCAAAAUUAAAUACACCUAUUUUGUGAAAAAGAAGAAGGAAUCAUUCAACGCUAUCCCCACUUUCUCCGAAUGGGUCAUUGAAGAGUGGAGUGAAUGUUCUAAGUCAUGUGGAUUGGGUUUGCAGAGAAGAGUGGUAGAAUGCAAAGACAUGAACGGACAGCCCGCUUCUGAGUGUGCCAAGGAGGUGAAGCCAGCCAGCACCAGACCUUGUGCAGAAACACCUUGCCCACACUGGCAGCUGGGGGACUGGUCACCAUGUUCUAAGACUUGUGGGAAGGGUUACAAAAAGAGAACCUUGAAGUGUCUGUCCCAUGAUGGGGGUGUGUUGUCUCAUGAGAGCUGUGAUCCUUUAAAGAAACCCAAGCAUUACAUUGACUUUUGCACAGUAGCAGAGUGCAGUUAAGCAGUGUCAGGUUUGAGGAAAAGGCGGUGUGGAAGGGCUGGUGCACUGAAAUCAGAGUCCUGGAGGGAUCCCAUGUAUCUUGCCAGUUACCAGUGAGGUGUGUCAAUGAGGUGGCCGUGUGGAGUUAGGUAGAUGUUAGAUCAUGAGAAUAUUCUACCAGUUACAAAUUUGAUAGGGUAGCUAUUGAGUAUUAACCCCUGAGCAAUGAUAAAGCCACAGGGUAUUAUUAUUUCUUUUGUUACAUCUAUGACAGAAACAAUUGUCCAAAGAAGUCCUGUAUGCCCUGUUUCCUGGUACUGAUUAAAUGCUUUGAGUAGUGGAGGUUAGGAAAAGUAAAUCAAGAAAGAUGAGAUUUUAAGACAUGGCUUACCUUAUCUCACUGAAAAUGGGGAGAGUUACAAAUAGGAUCUUUGACCAGCACUGUUUAUGGCACAGAACGUUUGUAAAUUUUAAGAUUCGAGACUGUUCAACCUGAGGAAAAGUUUCAGCUAUAUGAAAUACUUUAUGACUCCUUCACCUUCUUCUGCCAUGUCCAUCUUUGUAGUUCAUUUUCAAGAGAAGACAAUAUGUGUAUUCAUAAAAGUACAUCAAGUCUACAAGGGCAAGAAAAAAAAAGCAGCAUAAUACUAAGUGCUGGUAAAAAUUGAAGGCAACAUGGUGACCUUGGUACCUCCAAUCUGCUUUCUCUCCAUAUGUAAGCCUACUUUGGGAAUUCAGAUAUAAGGAAAUAAUCUGUUUCUCACGAAAACAAAUAAGAUCACACAAAAAGCACGUAAUGCCACAAUAAGCAUGGGGUGUGUAGAGCAGCAGGGACCCAUGGGUUUGGGAACAUUGAGAUCAUUUGUCUCAUGGUGGGGACGUUGCUGAGGGGUAGCAGGUCCAUUCCUGGCAGCUGAUCCAGCAGUCAUAUCCUGGUGAAUGUCUGUUCAGCUCUUCUACUGAGAGAAUAUGACUUUUUCCAUAUGUAUAUAGUAAAAUAUGUUACUAUAGAUUGUAUGUACUUUAUAAGUAUUGGUGUGUGUGUUCCUUCUAAGAAGGACUAUAGUUUGUAAUGAAUGCCUAUAUAACAUAUUUAUUUUUAUACAUUUAUUUCUAAUGAUAAAACGUUUAAAUUAUAUCACUUUUGUUAAAGUGCAUAUAAAAAUAGAGUAUUUAUACAAUAUAUGUUACUAGAAAUAAUAAAAGAACACUUUUGAAUGUGUAUGUCUUAUUUUCUGAGGUGGUAUUUGACUCUUGGGAAGGAAAUCUUAAGAACAAACGUUGACUAUGAGGACAAUUUUUUCAUAAUUUCUUUGGAAAUAAGAUUGAGUUCCAAUGAAAUAUAUUUCAUGUAUCCUUGAUUUAUAGAAGUACUAAUAAAAGAGGAAUUUAUGAUAUCCUUA